AUGGUGUUUUUUGGCUACAUGGUCUUCAGCAUAGUGCUUGGGCUCCUGGCUGACAGGUAUGGCCGCUGGAAGAUUCUGCUGCUCUCCUUCCUCUGGGCAGCCUAUUUCUCCCUGCUGACCUCCUUUGCCCCAUCCUACAUCUGGUUCGUGUUCCUGCGGGCCAUGGUGGGCGGUGGCGUGUCGGGCCAUGCACAAGGGAUGAUCAUAAAGACAGAAUUCUUGCCCACCAAAUACCGAGGAUACAUGUUGCCCUUAUCUCAGGUCUUUUGGUUGGCAGGAUCCUUGUUAAUCAUUGGCCUGGCAUCAGUGGUGAACCCAACCAUUGGCUGGCGGUGGCUGAUCAGAAUUGCCUCCAUCCCUGGCAUCUUGCUCAUCCUGGUGUUCAAGUUCAUCCCAGAGUCGGCGCGGUACAACGUCUCCACGGGAAACGUGGCAGCAGCCCUGGCCACCCUGCAGAGGAUAGCCAAGAUGAACGGGGCAGCAAUGCCUGAGGGGGUGUUGACAGAGCCCCCCAAGGAAAGGAGAGGAAGAUUCAAGGACCUCAUCCACCCCAAAUACCUCAGAACCACUUUGCAGAUAUGGAUCAUAUGGCUUGGCAUAGCUUUUGCUUAUUAUGGUGUCAUCCUGGCCAGCGCCGAGCUACUGGAGCGGGACCUCGUCUGCGGCUCCGCAACAGCGCCCGGGCAGGGCUCAGGAGGGGACUCUGAGGAGAGCAGCAGCAUCAGCAGCCCCUGCUACUGCCGCUUGUUUGGGCCCUCUGCCUACCAGACCAUGAUCAUCAGCACAGCUGGGGAGAUCGCACUAAAUCCUUUGAACAUUCUUGGCAUCAAUUUCCUCGGAAGACGCCUGAGCCUGUGCAUCACCAUGGGAUGUACGGCCUUAUUCUUUCUUCUCCUUAAUAUCUGCACCUCGAGCACAGGCAUGAUUGGUUUUCUCUUCAUACUGCGUGCCUUGGUUUCAGCCAACUUCAACACCAUCUACAUUUACACAGCAGAGGUUUAUCCCACCACAAUGCGAGCCCUGGGGAUGGGAACAAGUGGCUCAUUGUGCCGUGUUGGAGCCAUGGUGGCCCCAUUUAUCUCACAAGUUCUUAUGAGUGCUUCUUUCAUUGGGGCCCUCUGCCUGUUCUCAUCUGUUUGUGUCAUCUGUGCCAUCUCGGCCAUCACGCUGCCCAUCGAGACCAAGGGCAGGGCAUUGCAGCAAGUAAAAUGA